AUGUUUGGCUUGGCUAAAAAGUUUGUCUCUAGCAUUGAGACUCAAGCAUCUGUUUAUCUCAAUUCCAGCUCGAGUGAUGGCAGAAAUUACACUCCAAAUACUAUAGGUCUUCGCGUGGUUAAUGUUGAAAAGGACUCAGUGGCAGAACAGUACGGAUUAGAGAGCUGGUUUGAUUUUGUGACUUCUAUAAAUGGUCGAGACGUGCUUUCAUUUUUCAGACAUGGUAAAGCAUUGGACUCCAAUCCAUACAGUGGAGCACAGCCUGGGGAGGUGGUAUCCAUGCAGACUUCUGGAUUGAUAGUAGAUCCCAGUAAUGUUGACUACAGUGUGAUGCUUGAGUUUCUUGCGAUGGAGGUGAACGAUAAGAAAAACGAUCUUGUUUUGACCACCUGGUCGGCCAAGGGAGGGAUCACCAGAGAUAUCUGUGUCCCCAAUGGGGAGUUUCAGGCUGGUGCCUCUGAAUUGGACGAGGUUAGCUUGGAUAAGCCUGAUAAAGAUGGCCCAACUGUGCAUAAUUCUGCCUUUCGCAAGCUGAAAGUCACUUUUCAGCUGACACCUCUUUCUUCUGCGUUCUAUGUGUGGCAUAUAUUGCGCGUUCAACAGAAUUCACCCGCUUAUGUGGCUGGAAUUAUUCCUGAUGAAUACAUUCUCAACUGUGAGGGUGGUAAAUUGUCUACUGGAGGUGAGGAUUUACUAGGUAGAGUAAUCACUUCAGUGCACAACAAGUGGAUUCAAGAACAGCAGCAACAGAUUCAAAAUUCGACUGCUGUUUCUCCAUGUUCUUUGGUGCUCUACAUGUAUAACCAUGAUUAUGACACUGUGAGACCCGUCACAAUCUAUCCGAAUACGCAGUGGGGUGGAAGAGGUCUUUUGGGAUGUGAUAUAGGCUAUGGUCUUCUACAUAGAGUUCCUGAGGUGAUUGGUAAGUUUCAGGGCAGUGAGAGUUCGUCCAAGAUUGAUCUAACCCCUGGAAGUGUGGUAUUCAAUCAAGAUGAAAGUCUUCCUGCCGCUACGAACAAUCUACUCAAGCCUGCAGCACGCGCUCCUUUAUUCAGUGACUCCCAGGUACAUCUUGAUGAUACUUCUAUUGCUACCAAGCCUCCUCCAAAGCCCACGAGAAGAAUUAAGCAUGGUUCUAAGCCUAGUAGUGCCAAAGCCAAUGCUCUAGAGGAGUACUUCAAGGAAGAAGAGGAGAAGUCGCACGCGGUUGACAAUGUAGUGAGAUCCAAUGGUUCCAAUGAUUCUAUUGCUACUGUUCCUCUUCCUCCAAAGAUUAUCUAA